UGACUGUUUUUGCUGUCAUUUAAAUGCAUUCAAUCAAUACGUUUAUAGCGAUCAUUAAAAAUGGUUUAAUUGUUUCGCAAAAAGCAUACAAUCAGUGAGUGAUUGGCGCGAAGAAGUGGCGGAUCAGGUGGUGGUGAGCGACACGAGGUGUGGCCUUCACUCCAAACCUAAGUCCAGAUUUUGAUUAAUUGAAGCGUUAAUUGCUUUCAAUUCAUUCAUUCAUUCAAUGCCUAUAUCUUUAUGUAUUGAUUGAGUGAUUAAAUGAAUAGUGAAUUACAUGUGUAUCGCAAUCACAGCUGACAUACCAUUCAAAUGCCUUCAGUCUAUAGACAAGUGUUUUGUUAAUGAGUUGUGUUAACACACCGUCGAUGACAGCAGUUAUUAAUUAAUUAUAAAUCAAUUAUUAAUUAGUCUAUUAAACCGUUUAUUUGUUUUGUUUGCAAUUGAAUGAAACAUACAAUGCAGAUAUGUAUUGGAGAUAAACGUUAAGCGAGACUAUUAUUACACUGUUUUUGUGAUAAGAAAUUACACAAAAGUCUUAAUCAUCGCAUUUGUAAGCAUUGUCUCAGAGACUCAACUGUUGAACAUAUGAAAUGAGUUUUGUUUGAAAUCUGUUUGAAACUUUGCCUCAAUUUUUGUACUUAUAAACUGGCGGUCAGUUUACUACUUGUGAUACCAUAAGAGCUGAUCCCCUGAAACUCGGUGACAAUGUCGACGAACGGCUAUAAGUGGAAAGAGGUGUUCAAAGAGCUGAAAGUGGAGCCCUUCCUCUUCCUCUACAUGUUCUCAUUCUCGUUGUCGUCGCUGUCGAUCUCGCAGCUGAUCCAAGACAAACUGUGUCGCUUCACGUACGACAUGUCCCCGCAAUACUGCAUCGAAAUCAAUUCGCCAGAGUUUGAUCACAGCGCGGAUCCCAUCAAGAGUCAGAUACUCACCGAUUCCGGGUAUCUCACGCUUUACCGGAUGAUCAUAUCGACCAUUCCCUGCACCGUAUGGUCGCUGUUCAUCGGCUCGUGGAGUGACAAAUACAUUCACGGCCGCAAAAUUAUCAUGUUGUUCGGCUGUAUUGGCGCUAUACUCGAGUCCAUGGCGUUGAUCAUCAAUGCGGUCGCCUUUGACACCGACGUAUACCUGUCUCUCUUCUCAUUCCUGCCGUCGGCACUGUUUGGCGGUGUUGUGGCGACACUGAUGUCCACAUAUGCCUACUGUUCCGCAAAUAGUGAUCAAAGGACAAGAGCUAUACGUUUCGCGUGUCUGGAGGUGUGCUUUUGGUUGCCUCAGCCGUUCGGGUCGUUUGUCGGCGGACAGAUUCUCGGCGACGGCAACAAUAAAAGCGAUCAACAACUCUAUCAUUAUAUCGCUGUAUUUAUCGGUUAG